CCCAAACCCAUGGGGGGGGAGAGGGGCAGCUUCAUUUAUGCUCAUCUCCUUUAUUUGCUUUAAUCUUUUUACGUAUCCUGUGAACGGAGAUCCAGAUAGCACACGCAACUCCAUUGUUUACAGUAAGGACCAGCUGUUAGCAUGGCGGGCUAACAGCAGGCUACUGGCCGGUGACAAACCGGAUAUCCCACGAGAGUUGAAGAGGAGGACACGAGGGUGUCGAGCCGGGAUAGGACCGCCGCACAAGGCGGAGAAAGUACAGACAUGUCCUCCCGUCCGUCAUCAUUGGGAAUGUAAGAUCGCUCCCUAACAAGAUGGAUGAGCUGGCGGCGCUAACGCGACAUCAAAGGGAGUACCGCGAGGUUAGCCUAAUGCUACUCACAGAGUCGUGGCUAACAGCGAUCACUCCGGACACACAUGUCGAGUUGGAAGGCUUCCAACUCAUACGUGCGGACAGGAAUGAAGGGAGUGGAAAGAGAAAAGGUGGGGGACAAAUGGUGCAAUCCGGGGCAUAUCACGAUCAAAGACAAACUCUGCAACCGGGACAUUGAGCUGCUAGCCAUUAGCCUCAGGCCCCAUUAUCUCCCGAGGGAAUUCUCACACGUCAUAGCCGUGACAGUGUACAUCCCCCCGUCGGCUAAUAGUGAUGCAGCGUGUGAUGCCCUGAUGACUGUCGUGAGCAGGCUGCAAACACAGUCCCCCAACGCCCUGCUGAUCAUCUCUGGGGACUUCAACCAUGUCUCUCUGUCGUCCUCCCUUUCAACCUUCAAGCAGUAUGUAACCUGUGCCACUAGAGACAAUAAUAUUUUGGACUUGUUUUAUGCCAAUACCAGGGAGGCAUAUAAACCCCUCUCCCUCCCCCCUCUUGGAAGAGCAGACCACAACUUGGUAUUUCUCGAGCCUGUGUACAAACCCCUGGUACACAGGCAGCCAACUGUGACCAGAAUGGUCAAGAAAUGGUCAUCGGAAGCUGAAGAUGCUCUGCGAGACUGCUUCGCGACAACCAGGUGGGAACUCUUCAGCGAGGUUCAUGGGGAGGACAUUGAUGCACUCACUGACACCAUCACGGAUUAUAUAAACUUCUGUGAGGAGAACACCAUACCCACCAGAACUCUGCGGUGUUUUUCCAACAACAAACCAUGGAUUAAUCCUGACAUAAAGACCCUGCUGAAGGAGAAGAAGAGAGCUUUUCGGUCGAGAAACAGAGAGGAGACAUCAACACCAGCUGCAACGGGAUGUUUAUGUGACAUUUGCAUUCAUUCAUUCAUUCAUUCAUUCAUUCAUUCAUUCAUUCAUUCAUUCAUCUUGCGAACCGCUUGAUCCUCACGAGGGUCGCGGGGGGGGUGCUGGAGCCUAUCCCAGCUGUCUCCGGGCAGUAGGCGGGGGACACCCUGAAUCGGUUGCCAGCCAAUCGCAGGGCACACAGAGACGAACAACCAUCCACGCUCACACUCACACCUAGGGACAAUUUAGAGUCCUGCCACGCAUGUUUUUGGAAUGUGGGAGGAAACCGGAGCACCCGGAGAAAACCCACGCAGGCC